UCCUGUUUACAUGUGAACCCCUUUCGUAUUUUAUCAACUCUUCGGGCGCUGCGAAGGAUUAGAGUGAUGUGUUUACAUUCGUGAGAUUUAUAAUAGUAAACUAUGGAAGAAGUAAAUGGAAAUGUGCGAGAUGUGCUUCAGACAACACUGAACAAUAGUCAGAGCCUCUCCCCCAAGUUAGCUGGUAUGAUUAGGCGAUUCAAGGCCGUGACUACCCUUUUGAUGAUGAGACGAGAUGCAGCUUAUGCUGACCUUGACACAUACACAAAACGUCUCCACAACUGGGUGGAUGAAUUUGAUGAAACAAUGAGAACGUCAAUAAAAGUGGCAUUUUCAGAGAAAUCUGCCGUCAUUAAAGCUUGCAGAGAAGAACUAGAAGAAGAGUUGUCUACCUUGGGUGUUCUUUUGAAGGAGUCAGAAAAACUUCUUACUGGUUCAACCAACUUUGACGCCACUCAGAAAAAACAUGGAAAGACUCUGAUCACAGCUCUGAAGAUGAUGAAGACAACUAGUCGACUGGAAACAGGAGAUGUUGGUGAGAAUCUGUCAUGCCUGAGCCUGUCUACUCUGCUUGAUUGUGAUAACCUGCCUGAACUUGGACAACUGGUUACAAAAUACUCCUCAGAUGAAAUGGUUAAUGUGCAAAAAGAAGAGAAGCCACCAGAGAAAAGCAAACCAUCGGAGAAAAGCAAUCUAACUGGUCAAAGAACAGAAUCCACUCGCACAAACUCGAACAGUACAUCUGAAAUUGAAAAAGUUGAAGAGUUGACUGUGAAGAAAGUCAAAAGGAGUAAUAGUGGUCAAAGGUCCAAGGAAAAACGGUCCAGCAACAAUCAACAGAAUCAGAGGUUUAUUAUCAGCCAGCUAGAGAAAGGUGGUAUAAGUAAACUAGGAACAAGGUGUUCAACAGGUGAAACUGGGUCAAAAACAAUGGUCUCUGACAAUGGAAAUACUGAAGAGCAGAAAACAAGGAGACAGAUCAUCAGAGAAGCAGUAUUCAAACCUUUCAAUGGUUCCCCCCAGAAAUCAUCAGUCGGCAAGAAGAGGGACCGUUAUAAUGGUGCGGCUGAUUCAAUGACAGAAGCCCAGAAUUGUACUAAAAUUGUCAAUAGUGAUGCGGCUUCUUCACAGGGGUCUAAGACCUCGGGAAAAGACCAAAUAAGUGUGAAUGACCUUUCAUGGGAAAAUGAGCUGACAAAUUCUGAUGCACAUGUCACCACACAAAAUAGGGUUGAAGACAAUGCAAGAGUUUUAGUUGAGACAAAGAUUCCCAAUCCAGAGAAAAAGACAACCAUGUCGAAUGCAAAUGAAACCAAGAAAAGUGUUCUUAAAAAUGACUCCCUGUCGGUAGAUAAGACACCAACAUCACAUGCUGACAUAGACAUGAAGUCUCCGGAACCUAUUCCCAUGGGAAAUGGAGACUAUCAGAGGACAAGUACCCCAAAGAGUUAUCCACCGGAAAAUAUAAAAACUGAACUAAUAACUCCUGAAGAGGCAAAGAUUAAACAAGAGCCACAAAUUCCUGCAGAUGUGAACAACAACUGUGCUUUCACAAGUCAACAAACUGUUGAAAACGCAGUUGUUAAAAGGUGCUUCUCUGUGUCUUCAGCAGAGACCUGGGAAGAUGAUGUGGAUGUGAUGGACAAAAAAGUUGAUAAAAAGGCCAUAUUGAAGGAAGAAUUUCCAGAGAUCAUCACAGGAAAGGACUUCUCAACCAAAAGCAAUGAAACUUUGGACGGAACUUCGCCUCAGAAAGAUGUGAACUGUAAUGUCAUUGAUUCUGGCAUUCAUUCCUCAGAUGAUUUAAGCUCAGCAGAGAAAAGUGAGUCAAGAAACAAUGAAGAGCAGGAGUCCAGUAAAAAUGUGAUGAAUGGAGAUGAGAAUUUUUCAAACAGUGUUGUUGAAAGUAGCCAGAAAGAAACUGUGUCGAAUGAACUGGACUGCAGUGUAUCAAGCAUUCCUAUGCCAAAGUCUCCCUAUCCCUCAACAACUACCACAUCCCAAGAAAUUCCAAAUUCCAAAACACUAUCUGGCAGCCAUUCGGAUUCCUCAGAAGAUUCAAGCUCAGAAGAAAAAAAUGAGUCGAACAACAAUGAAGUGGAGAGGUCUUUUGAAUCAAUUGUGAAUAGGAUUGACAAUACUUUAUCAAACAAUAUGAUUGAAAGUAACAAGAAAAACCUUGUGUCAAAUGAUUUGGAUAUCAGUGUAUCAAAAGUUCAGUCUCCAGAGUCUUCCGAUCUCCUAGAAAAAAACCAGGAAACUCUAAAUUCUAAAACCGUAACUGAUAGUGUAAUUACCAGGCAUGCAAGAGAAGAAAUAAACAGAGAUAGUGUUAUAACCAGGCAUGUAAGAGCACACCAGAGUGAAGGUAAAAAGCAGUUUGUUCCUCCAAUACCUGCAAAGAUGCUCUUCAAAGCCGGCACCGAGGAGAUAAUGAAGUUUCCGAUCGGCGUGACCACUAACAGCAUGGGGGAGGUCCUUGUAGGGGACACGGGAAACCAUGUUGUCCGAGUGUAUAACAGUGAGGGGAAAUAUCUCAGAGACAUCGGCAAAGAGAUGUACAUGAAGAGGCCAUCGGCUAUUGUGGUGAAUCACAAGGACGAAGUCUUUGUUAAGGAUGACGUUGCUGUGUUUGCAUUCAAAGCUGAUGGGACAUUCAUACGGACGAUAGCCAAAGGAAAACUUGGUCACCCUUUUGGUUUGGCCUUGACCCCUGACGGAUAUCUGGUGACCUUGGAUACAACAAGGAACAAUCCAAAAGUGUUCGUUCUGUCGCAGGAUGGAUCUCGCGUGGACUCCUUUCCCUUCGCACACCUCUGUAAUCCCAAGGCCCCAGGCUCCUCCAAGUGCAGAUUCCUUGCUGUACAGGCCGAGAGGCUCAUAGUCAGUGAUCUAGGAACAAGUUUUAUUUACAUAUCGGAUAAUUGGGGACAGAUCCUGUUUGAGUUCGGAGGGUACGGUAGCUAUAACGGACAAUUCCGGGAGCCUUCCGGAGUGACCACAGACCAGCAGGGUAACAUGCUCAUCGGAGACAGCAAGAACGACAGAAUCCAGAUCUUCAAGCCCAAUGGAACUUUCCUGUGCGACAUUCAGUUUGAUAAGCCUAUACAAAGACCCUCGGACAUUCACCUGACAAGAGACGGCAAGCUGUACGUCUCAAACUUCCUUCUGCACAUUGUUUCUGUGUACCAACUGGGUCAGCCAUGAGAAUAGGAUCAAACAAUGGACACCAAGUCCCUCAGACUGUCAGGCCUUUAGGCCCCGACUGAGAAUAGGUGCUACGUGUUAGGUCACUCUCAUGAAAUGUUAAUUGUGGGUGUAGAUAUUUGACUGUUUGAAAAAGUUGUUCUUUGUCAGAAGUGUAUGCUCCCAUAUUCCUUACGGAAAUGUGGUUUAUGGGAAUUGAUAGGAAUGACUUUCUGGACUUGGAUAGUCAUGACUUUUUGGGCAUGGAUAGUUAAUUGACUUCAUGGAUCGUUAAUUGACUUCUUGGAUGGGGAUAGUUAUGACUCUGUGGUCAAUGAAUCGACUGAUUACCACAUACAAAAAUUGGUAACUGUGACAUUUGAGUCGUUAAAAAAGGGCGAAUUUUGGUGACAGAUUAUUACUUUGUUUUGAGGAACUUUGAUUGAAAUAAGUGGAGUAUAAAGUUUCCAUUUACUAAACUAUUUCCCCUUUCAUUGAACUUAAAAGAGCAGUGCUCCAUUUAUGUUUGAUUUUGUUUUUGAUUUUUUUUCAAAUAAUUUUUUGUAUUAAUAAAUUACAAGAAAUUUC